CUUUCUUCAAAAUGUUCAAGGUGGGUUGUGUGCUUUUGUCUCUCUUCGGUAUAUUCCUGGCAGUUUUUGCUGCUCAAGGUGAUUAUGACACCGAGCAUACUUGGGUAGUUGCAAACAAGUCCAUACCAUUUCCAAGAAACGCCGUUGUGGCAGGCUUUUCGAACCAAGGAUAUUUCUUUUAUGUAGCCCGCUGCCGAUGGGACUUUCAUGCCACUGCCCGAAAUGCUUUGCCUGCCCAUGUAAAACCAGAAGAUCCCGGAAGAAUUUGGUACAACCUCGACAGUGGUGCAAGGGAAGAAAUUGAUGCAGAUUAUCAAUUACUGGUGAAGACUGAUGAGUUUGAAUUUGAGUGGAUAACCAGCCAUGAUGAUAAAUUCGAAAGGAAUAUGGUAUCCGUUGGUUCUAAUAUGAGGAGAGAGCGGACUUUCCCCUGCCGGGCAAAUACGAACAUGGGCUUACUUCCUGGACACUUUGCUUUCGGGAUUGGAUGCAUGGUUAGCAGCAAAGAUUUUCCGCUAACCAAGUUUGACAAGUACGAGCUUCUGGUGUCCCGAUAUGUUAAGCCAACAAGUUGUGCCUAAGCUUAAACAUUAUUGAUCCGUCAAGCUAGAGAUGGGAAACUCACAAUUUGUAGAUUUCUUUGUCAAACAAAAGGUUUUUAAUAAAAAUCAU